AGGAGAAGAAGGAGGAGGAGGAGGAGGAGAGCAAUGACUGCUCAAUAGAUCCUUUGACGUGGAAUAUUUCCGUAAAGAGACGAUGGAAGAGUAGCGUGUAGCUCCAAGCUAUCCCGUAUUAACCUUAAAUCGAAACGGGAUUUAGCUCCUGAAUCCCACUCGGAUCUGGGUUCACUGGAGUUGACAGACAACAGUCUUUCAGAGACUGACCCCUUUCUGUUCCCCCGCCUCCCUCCGCUCAGCUACAGUCAUGAUAAAAGCCAUUUUAAUAUUCAACAACCAUGGGAAACCAAGGCUUUCUAAAUUCUACGAGCAUUAUAAUGAAGACAUAGAGCAACAGAUCAUCAGGGAAACCUUCCACUUGGUCUCGAAAAGAGAUGAGAACGUCUGUAAUUUCCUAGAAGGUGGAAUGUUGAUUGGAGGAUCAGACUACAAGCUGAUCUACCGACACUACGCCACACUGUACUUUGUGUUUUGUGUGGACUCCUCAGAGAGUGAACUAGGAAUUUUAGACUUAAUCCAGGUAUUUGUGGAAACGCUGGACAAAUGCUUUGAGAAUGUCUGUGAGCUUGACUUAAUUUUCCAUGUAGACAAGGUCCACAACAUACUGGCAGAGAUGGUGAUGGGUGGGAUGGUCCUGGAGACCAACAUGAAUGAAAUCAUCACACAGGUGGAUGCCCAGAACAAGAUGGAGAAGUCUGAGACUUUUAUCUUUCAGUCUACCAGGCAGGACAGGUAGACACAGGCCGGUAUUGCAGGAGCGCCUGCUCGUGCCGUAUCAGCUGUAAAGAACAUGAACCUCCCGGAAAUGCCCAGAAACAUCAACAUUGGUGACAUCAGCAUAAAAGUGCCAAACUUACCCUCCUUCAAAUAGUGGCAGCGAGAUCCUGAAGCUGCAGAUGUCAGCCAAUGUUUACCGUGAUGCAUUCGGUUACCAAAACCUCAAGUUACUAGCUUUUAUCAAAAAUAUAUAUCUUGAAGGUACUGUAUGCUUUGACACUCCUUAUUUGGUGUUAUCUCUUUGUUUUUCCAAUUAAAGAAAAGAAUGUUUUACGUGCUUUGAAUUUCUGUUGGAAGGAAAAAUGAAGUAUUUAUUUAUUUGUGGUACAUUCCUUCUUCCUUGCUGGAGGUUAACCCUUGAUGUUCAGCUGCUACAGUAGAGUAUCUAUCUAGUAUCUGUGUCAGAUUGUAGCUGAAAUAAUUUCACUGACUCCAGUGUUUACUUAAAACAAAAGGUCCAGCAGUUUGGGACGUUUUUGGACAGUCUUAUUGGUUUGGUUAUUCCAGGCCAGAGAAAUCAAUCAAUGGAAGAAAGAGUAGGAAACUAUUUUGAAUACCAAAUUUAAACCGGUUUGCUACAGUAUUGAAGGUCAUACAAGCUUGUUUGUAAAAUCAGUGCAUUGAAUGUUAUAUUACAGAUAUGCUGUUUGACAGAAAUAUGCUGAUAUGAUUUUGUCUUUUCUUAACUGUAUGCAAAAUAUUUUUAAAUGAUUUAUCUUGUCAUAUCAAAAGAUUAUCUUAAUUUUAAUCCGUGCAUGAUUUUUCUCUCUUAUUUUCCAACAUAAUAAACUGUCGAAAC